UCUUUCCAGGGCCUCUCUUUCUUCGAAGUCUCAACCCAUCUACUUCAACCCCGUUUCUAUAUAUUCCAUUCCAGGCAUCCCCGGACAUUCCACAAAUUGCAAAUCUCCAAGAUUUCCAACAUCCAACAUCCUGUUUCUUUGUACUUGUUUCUGAUCUUAUUACAUCAAAUAUGGCAGCACCUUCAUCAUCAGCUUCAGGAAACGCUUCAUCAUCAGAUUUCCAGGAUUUCUUGCCCGUGAUGGCCAACAAGCUUGGUGGGGAUGGCCUGAUAGGCGAACUGUGCAAUGGGUUCAACCUGUUGAUGGAUAGUGAUAAAGGGGUCAUAACUUUUGAUAGCCUGAAGAAGAAUUCAGCCCUGUUGGGGUUACAGGAAUUGACAGAUGAUGAUUUAAGGUCCAUGAUGAAAGAAGGUGAUUUCGACGGUGAUGGUGCACUUAAUCAGAUGGAGUUUUGUGUGUUGAUGUUCAGGUUGAGCCCUGAGUUGAUGGAAGCAUCUCGGUUUUUGUUCGAAGAAGCUUUCGAACAAGAAUUCAAGGAUUUUCAUUGAAACUUUUAGUCCUUUGUUUUCUUGUGUUAUCCAAAAUUGUUGUUGUAAUGAAAUUAUUGAAAUAUACAAAAAGAGGAGAAAAAAGAUUGAUCAAAUAUUUGCAUUUGCACUUGGUUAUUACUUUUUUCUUUCAUUUAUUCA